CCCAGAGGCGGCGGACUUUCUUCAGCACCUCAGAAGCGUCGUGGCUUCAUGAUCUGUUUCAAGGACACCAGCAAAUCUUUAAUGCAGCGGCGGCUGUAACGUUUCUGCGAAGCUCCGGGGCUCACUUUCGCCCUCGUCUCACUCGUUAAAUAUCUGAACGCUGUGGACUCCUUUUUGGCCAUACUGUUGGAUUUGAAGAGAGCCGUCACCGCGCGAAAAUAUUUAUCUAAACAUGGAUUUAUGGAUAAAGUUAAUGUUGUUGUGCAGUUGCUGUUUCGGAGCAAGUGCGGAGUUUGAUGGCAGGUGGCCCCGGCAGAUGGCCUCGUCCAAUGGACUGUGCCGUUACGGGGCGAGGAUCGACUGCUGCUGGGGUUGGACGCGGCGCUCCUGGGGCCACUGCCAGCCUCUCUUCGUCUUAAGGCACAGGGUAGUCGGGAUAAGGUGCCUGCCCCAAGCUGUCUGUCAGCAUGGCUGUAAACACGGCGAGUGUGUUGGGCCAAACAAGUGCAAGUGCUUCCCUGGCUACACCGGAAAGACCUGUAAUCAAGAUCUCAACGAGUGCGGACUGAAGCCACGGCCCUGCAAACACAGGUGCAUGAACACCUUCGGCAGCUACAAAUGCUACUGCCUCAAUGGCUACAUGCUGCUGCCUGACGGGACCUGCGGAAACGCCCGCACCUGUGGCAUGGCCAACUGCCAGUACGGCUGCGAGGUGAUGAAAGGCGAAGUUCGCUGCCAGUGCCCGUCGCCAGGGUUACAGCUGGCCCCCGAUGGCCGGACCUGUGUGGAUGUGGACGAGUGUGCGACGGGCAGAGCCGUGUGCCCCAGGUUCCGGAAGUGCAUCAAUACCUUCGGAAGCUACAUCUGCAAGUGCCACGAGGGAUUCAAGCUUCAGUACAUCAAUGGGAAAUACCAAUGCAUAGAUGUGAAUGAGUGCACUUCAGCACAGCACCAGUGCGGCAGCUUCUCGGUCUGCUACAACACGCCAGGCUCCUACAAGUGCAAGUGUAAGGACGGCUUCCGAGGGAUGGGCUACGACUGCAAACCCAUCCCCAAAGUGAUCAUCGACCCUCCCAGGCCAGGGAAGGAAACGCCAAACAAAAUUCCCGACUCUGACCGCAAGAGGACCACCACCAUCCGCCCGCCUGUGACACCAAAGAGGAUCAUAACCACAACCCCCACCCCCACCACUACGACCACCACCCCUGUGACCCCGCCACCACCCAGGGUCACCCCCACCCCCACCCGCAAACCAGCCGUCCCUACCCGCAAACCGGCUGUCCCCACCCGAAAACCGCCCGUCCCCACCCGCAAACCGCCCGUCCCUACCCGCCGGCCGUUUGUCCCGACCCGACGCCCCCCCACCACCACCCUAGCACCCACACCAAAGAUCCCUGUGGCCCCCACUCGGGGGCCUCCCGUCCCUGAAGUCACCACUGAGGACAACAGCAUCCAGAAGGAGGUGACGCAGAAGCAGCGGGGAGACGUUCACAUUCCCCGUAACCACGGACAGAACAACGUGUUCGGAAUUGACUUCGAUAUUGAACUGGGCAACACAGCCGAAGAAGCGAAGGAUGACUCAGAUGCAGGAUUCCUCAGCUGUACCUUUGACAAUGGCCUCUGUGGCUGGAUCAGGGACAGGGAAGGAGAUCUGCAUUGGGAAACCACUGCAGACCCAUCAGGUGGGAAGUACCUGACCAUCCCUGAGGUGGGGGACAAGAGGAGCGGGCGGGGAGCGAGACUGGUCCUCCCGUUGACCGAGCCCUGGAGCGCCGGCAACCUGUGCCUGUCCUUCCGCCACAAGCUGUCGGGCCACCACGUGGGCGUGCUGCAGGUGUUCGUGAAGAAGGGGAAGCAGUACAGCCCGGCGGUGUGGGGCAGGACAGGGGGCCACGGCUGGAGGCACACCCAGAUCACGCUGUGGGGGACGGGGCUGGAGAGUGUGAUCCUGAAGGGUGAGCGCGGGAGAGGCAGGAGCGGAGAGAUGGCGGUGGACGACAUCAGCCUGAGGAAGGGCGCCUGCUCAGAGGAGCACAACCUGAGGAGACUUUAACGCGGCGGCGGUAAAAACGGGGAAGCGAACCCUGCUCUUACCUCCCUCUUGGCUCCCUCAGGCCGAGCUCCUCCCACGAGAAACGGCCGAGGAGCGAAUCCCUGAAGAGGAAUGUCGCUUUCAACCCG